AUUUCAGUCACACUCAUUUCUUUAACUCUGUACAGGAAACUUGUUUCAUGUCAGUACAAUCAGCUCUGCUGCUGCUCGGUGGUCUCCAUCCUCCUGUCCCAAAUGGCUUCUUUCAAAUUCUUCCUCUUUUUGUCUCUAAUCUCAGAGUUAACAGCUCUUCAGCAGGAUGUUCAGGUGAAGCUUGGAGAUGACGUCACUCUCCAGUGUCAGAUUACCACGGAUGAAAUAAUCUCAGUGCUGAAGUGGAGCAGAGCUGACCUGAACACAGACGGCUACGUCUACUUCUACAGGAACAAACGCUCCUAUGAAAACUACCAACAUCCAUCUUUUCAUGGCCGAGUGAAGCUGAGGGACCCGGAGAUGAAGGAUGGAGACGUUUCUCUGAUCCUGAAGAACGUCACAUUUAAUGACACUGGGAUUUAUGAGUGUCAUGUAGCAGUGAGGAACCCUGUGAGAAGUAAAAGAGUUCACACUGAGAUCAGUCACUUCAUCAACCUCACAGUCACAGGUGAAACACAUGAAAGCGUGUCAGAGAAACGAGUCAUAGAAAGAAGAGACGCAGAUGGAAACAUGGAUGAUACUGAAAGGGUCGGAGCUCCAUCUGUUCAGGUUGUUGUUCCUGUUGUUGUUGUUGUUGUUGUUGUUGCUCUUUUUGCCGUUGGUUUUGUGACACACCAACACACUUGUCAACAUAAGAAGCAACGUCCAGUCAAGCUUCCUACUGAGGACUCAGAUGAAGGACUAUGAAGCUGCAGAAAUGUAUAAACUUUCUUGAUGAAAACUAAAGCGCUGACAUUAACUCACUUUAUAAAAUGUAUGUAUAUACAGAUGUUAAUAAAUUUGUUAGACCACAUCAUAAAAACAGAAAACACACACAACAUUUUAAUACGGACUCAGUGAAUUUUAAAAAAUACUCUUCAGACUAAAUUUACAUUUUAAACUCAAACCUUAACCUGCACACUGUAAUUAUAUCAUAUAAA